GCCCGAGGGCCGGCGGCGCGAGGCGGUCGGGCGGAGGCGGCGGCGGCGGCCGGUCCCGGGACAGCGACGCAGCGCGGCGGAGGCCGCGACAGGGCCGGUCAGGCUCCGCAGCCCGCCGCAGCCGCAGCCGCCGCCUCGCCGCUGAGGGCCCGAGAGCGCGGCGGCGGGUGCGCGGCCUGCGAGGACGGCCGGAGCGGCGGGCGCGGCGCGGCGCCGAGCGUCCUGUCAGGCGGCCGAGGGCGCCGCGGACCCGCGCCGAGAUGAUGCCGACUCUAUCCCCAACGUGGGGCUUGAACUCAUGACCCCGAGAUCAAGAGUUACACGCUCCACUGACUGAGCCAGCCAGAUGAUAUUAACCGUGUUCUUGAGCAACAACGAACAGAUUCUAACAGAAGUUCCUAUAACACCAGAAACAACAUGUCGAGAUGUUGUAGAAUUUUGCAAGGAACCUGGAGAAGGCAGUUGCCAUUUAGCUGAAGUGUGGAGGGGAAAUGAGCGUCCUAUACCCUUUGAUCACAUGAUGUAUGAACAUCUUCAGAAGUGGGGGCCACGCAGGGAAGAAGUGAAAUUUUUCCUUCGACAUGAAGAUUCCCCAACCGAGAGCAGUGAGCAAGGUGGCCGUCAGACCCAAGAGCAGAGAACUCAGAGGAAUGUGAUAAAUGUACCUGCAGAGAAACGCACAGAAAAUGGCGUUGGAAAUCCACGUGUAGAACUUACCCUCUCCGAGCUCCAGGAUAUGGCAGCUAGGCAACAACAGCAAAUUGAAAAUCAGCAGCAAAUGUUGGUUGCCAAGGAGCAGCGUUUACAUUUCCUAAAGCAGCAGGAACGCCGCCAGCAGCAGUCUAUUUCUGAGAAUGAGAAGCUUCAGAAAUUGAAAGAACGAGUCGAAGCCCAGGAAAAUAAGCUGAAGAAAAUUCGUGCCAUGAGAGGACAAGUAGACUACAGCAAAAUUAUGAACGGCAAUCUGUCUGCUGAAAUAGAAAGGUUCAGCGCCAUGUUCCAGGAAAAGAAGCAAGAAGUACAGACUGCGAUUUUACGAGUUGAUCAGCUCAGUCAGCAACUGGAAGAUUUAAAGAGAGGCAAGCUGAGCGGGCUGCAGUCGUGCAGUGGCAAGCUGGCGGGGCCGGCAGCGGCAGAGUUGAAGAGACUGUGCCAGGAGCUACAGAUUCGUAACCAGCUUAACCAGGAACAGACUUCAAAGCUCCAGCAGCAGAAGGAACUCUUGAAUAAACGCAACAUGGAGGUGGCCGUGAUGGACAAGCGGAUCAAUGAGCUGCGUGAACGUCUCUAUGGGAAGAAAAUUCAGCUGAGCCGUGUGAAUGGCACGUCGUCCCCGCAGUCACCGCUGAGCACCCCUGGCAGGGUUGCUGCGGUGGGGCCUUACAUCCAGGUGCCCAGCGCUGGCAGCUACUCUGUCCCAGGGGACCCCAUAAAGCCCCAGUCUCUUACUAUUGCCUCGAGUGCUGCCCAUGGAAGAUCCAAAUCUGAUGGCCGUGGGAAGCCCAAAGUGACCAGCUUGUGGACAGUGUCAGACCUUGACGUCGGGCCUGACUGCAGCUCCUCAGGGCGCUCUGCAAACCCGUUUGCAAACCCCAAUGAUGGCAACUGGCCGACAUUGAAACAAAAUUCCAACUCUUCAGUGAAGCCCACUGGUGUGGACUGGAAGGACUCAAGCAUGGAGGGUCCUCUCAAGCAGGGGACCGUCUCCAGCCAGCCAACGCCCUUGUCAACUUUAGGAGCCACGGAGAAGCUGGGCGUGGAGAUGGGUAAAGUGCCACCCCCCAUCCCUGGUGUCGGCAAGCAGCUGCCUCCGAGCUACGGCACGUACCCAAGUCCUGCACCCGUGGGCCCGGGCUCCACAAACUCCCUGGAGAGGAGGAAGGAAGGCAGCUUGCCCAGGCCCAGCGCCGGCCUGCCCAGUCGGCAGAAACCUACCCCACUGCCCCCCACGGCCAGCAGCCACCCGCCAGGUUCCUCACAGCAGAUUCAGCAGAGGAUUUCUGUGCCUCCAAGUCCCACGUACCCACCAGCAGGGCCCCCUGCAUUCCCAGCUGGAGAUAGCAAGCCUGAACUCCCGCUGACUGUGGCCAUUAGGCCCUUUCUGGCUGAUAAAGGGUCGAGGCCACAGUCCCCCAGGAAAGGACCCCAGACAGUGAAUUCAAGUUCCAUAUACUCCAUGUACCUCCAGCAAGCCGCACCUCCUAAGAAUUACCAGCCAGCAGUGCACAGCACCUUAAAUAAGUCUGUUAAAGCAGUGUACGGCAAACCCGUGUUGCCCUCCGGCUCAACGUCCCCGUCGCCGCUGCCGUUUCUUCACGGGGCGCUGGCCCCAAGCACGUCGCAGCCCCAGCCACCUUCAGAAAGCAUCGAGAAAGAGCCCGAGCAGGACAGCCCAGCCGCCCCCGGAGACGGCGGCACCAGCUCGGGCACCGUGGAGAGCCUGCCGCGGCCGCUCAGCCCCACCAAGCUCACACCCAUCGUGCACUCGCCGCUGCGCUACCAGAGUGACGCCGACCUAGAGGCCCUGCGCCGGAAGCUGGCCAACGCGCCGCGGCCCCUGAAGAAGCGCAGCUCCAUCACGGAGCCCGAGGGCCCCGGCGGGCCCAACAUCCAGAAGCUGCUGUACCAGCGCUUCAACACCCUGGCGGGGGGCAUGGAGGGCACCCCUUUCUACCAGCCCAGCCCCUCACAGGACUUCAUGGGCACGCUGGCCGACGUGGACAAUGGAAACACCACCAACGGGAACCUGGGAGAGGCCAGCCCUGCCCGGCCCACAGCCCCGCUCCCCGCUGAGCCUGCCCCGUCUUCGGACGCCAAUGACAACGAGCUCCCUUCCCCUGAACCGGAGGGCCUCAUCUGUCCCCAGAGCACCCACCAAACAGCUGAGCCUGCCGAGGAUGACAACAACAACGUGGCCACAGCCCCAUCCACAGAGCAGGUCCCCAGCCCUGGGGCCGAGGCCCCCUCACCAGGGGAAGACCAAGCCCCCCCAGCACUGCCCCCCGCUGUGCCCCCACCAGGAGCCUCUACGAGCAAACGGACCAACCUGAAGAAACCAAACUCAGAGCGGACGGGGCACGGGCUGAGAGUCCGGUUCAAUCCCCUGGCACUGCUCCUAGACGCUUCUCUGGAGGGAGAGUUCGACCUGGUGCAAAGGAUCAUCUAUGAGGUGGAAGACCCUAGCAAGCCCAACGACGAAGGGAUCACCCCCCUACACAACGCCGUCUGCGCCGGCCACCACCACAUCGUGAAGUUCCUGCUGGACUUCGGGGUCAAUGUGAACGCCGCCGACAGCGACGGCUGGACACCGCUGCACUGCGCCGCCUCUUGCAACAGCGUCCACCUCUGCAAACAGCUGGUGGAGAGCGGUGCCGCCAUUUUUGCCUCCACCAUCAGUGACAUUGAAACUGCGGCGGACAAGUGUGAGGAGAUGGAGGAGGGCUACAUGCAGUGCUCCCAAUUCCUGUACGGGGUGCAGGAGAAGCUGGGCGUGAUGAACAAAGGAGUGGUGUACGCUCUGUGGGGUUAUGAGGCCCAGAACAGCGAUGAGCUGUCUUUCCACGAAGGGGAUGCCAUCACCAUCCUGCGGCGCAAGGACGAGAGUGAGACCGAGUGGUGGUGGGCUCGCCUUGGGGACCGGGAGGGCUACGUGCCCAAGAACCUGCUGGGGUUGUAUCCACGGAUCAAACCCCGACAGCGAACGCUAGCCUGAACUUCCCUUUGGAGCAUUGCACGGGCUUGCCAGCCGAGGAGCCACCAGAGAGACCGCUGUUUGUCCAGAAAAGCUGAAGCUAGACAUGGUUUAUAAUGGUGCUCACUUCUGCAGACAGCAUCCACAAUGUGAAAUUCCUGCAGUUUCUAGGUGAGGCCCUUUCUUCAGUUUGCCCAUAACUGGGAGAGGUACUUUUGCCUCCAAGAAGACUGAAUUUUGCCAAUUACUGUAAAUCCAAAUAAAUAUCCAGCUUUCUAAACAAUUGUCCCUGUUGCCAGUAAGAAUCCCUGAAAUUUCCCUGGUUGGUUGCCAAUGAAGACGAACCCUCUUACUGACUUGGCCCCAAGGCCGUCCCUCGUUCUCGAUGUCACCCCCACCCCAACACUGAAAACUUGCAACCGCAGUCAGGUGUGCCCCCUGCUCGAGCCCACCCUGUCACUGGAAGUCCUGGCACCCCACCGCCCUUCCCACCCUCCCCACGUGCAUCUCUUCCUUCCCCUACCAAAGGGGCCUCCGUAUGGAAACGUCUGUCAGUGGUGGUGCUUGGUGCGUGUGUCCCGGGCACUGGUGUAGGUCACCUACAUAAGGCUGGUGGUGCCGGGCUGGACCGGCACAGUGCAGGCGCCGGGGCCCUGAAUCAGGAGCCACCAGCCAGCACCCUGCCUUCCCUGCAGCCUCUUGCUGCUCAGGUGGGCCGGGCUGGGGCAGACGGUGGGGGGGUGCCUGCUCGGAGGGUGGGGGCCAGCCAUGACGCAGUAGCCUUUGCCCCGUCCAGACUCAAGUUGGAACUGUACGUCCAGCCUUUUCUAUACCAAAAGUAUUUUUUGACUAGACCAUUCAAAACUACCAGAAUGAUACUGGAAAAUUUUUUUUCUCAUUAAAAGCCAGGACUUUGGGCUUUAUUUUCCAUGUAGGAGUCCUGUGUAUAAUUUAUGUAUGAACCCGCUGCUGUAGCUCGUCACCUUCAAGCUUCGAUUGUACAGUGUGGUGACGACACGCGAGCGCCCCCGCGACGGCCUCUGGUGCCGGCGGCCCCCCGCUGCGCCCUGUAAACGUGCACAAUAAACCGCUGUCUGUCUCUCC